AAGAUCGCCCACAUUUAUGGCCCUCACAGUCAUGGAGAAACUAUAAGGAGGUUAAUAUUAUUUUUAAGGAUCAGAAGAAGAGCGCAGGAUUAUUUUCGUCUGUAUCUAGAUGUGGGGGAAAUCCAUCAAACGCUGUGCCGUUCCUGGCUGUAGGAUCGAGCCCGUGUCUCUGCACAGCAUCCCAAAGGAUCCCAGCAUCAGAAACGCAUGGCUGAAGUUUCUCUUUACCGACGUUCCUGAUCGUUACAGUCCGACGUUAACAAUCUGUUCAGCGCAUUUCAGCACGGACUCAUUUGUGAACCUAUCACAGUUUAACGCAGGCUUUGCGAGUAAACUCUUACUGAAGGAAGGGAGAGUGCCGACUAUAUUUGACCCGACUCCAAACCCGUGUUUAAUGAAGAAUGAAACUGUAACCACAUCAGGUUCAUGUCAGACGAGUCCGAAGAAAUCCACUGCAGCCACCUCUGAGCCUGUUGAGGAGAUGCCAUCCAUACAAAUCAAGCCGGAGCCAGAGGAGGUGGAGUGUAUGGUGAAAGAAGAGCCAUUAGACGAAUAUCCUGAGCCUACAGACCUCAAAAUUGAAUCCUCGCCCCCUCCGCUCCAUGACAUCAGCACCCAACACAGCAAUGAUGACCAGACGGAACCCGUGGACCUGUCCCUCAACAAGCCCCGCCCUUCCCUUCCGGUAGCCACGGCAACCUCCACCCCUGCAAACCCGCCUCCACACAACAUCACGGCGAGCGCCACCAUCCCAGCGGUGCUGUCCCCGGGCUCCAUCCUGGCGUCCACGCAAGGGGUCGGAGGUCAGCAGAUUCUGCAUGUCAUCCACACCAUACCCUCUGUGAACAUGCCCAGUAAAAUGGGGCAGCUGCAGACCAUCCCCGUGGUGGUGCAGUCCUUACCAGUGGUCUACACAACCGUACCUACAGACGGAGUGGCUACCGCCGCCAUCACAGUACCUCUCAUCGGAAGCGACGGGCGGUCGGAGGGAUCAGUGCGUAUAAAGCCAGGCUCAACCUCUCCAGUUGAGUAUCAGUCUGAAAGUGAUGCUGAGAGCGGCACAGAGUCUGGAUCGGCCUCUUUCAGCACACAAGGGAUGGAACCCAGUAUGAAUACAGAUGUGGACAUCCAAGUUGACCCUGACUCACCAGACAUGAAGAGAAGGCGCGUACACAUGUGCGAUUAUGAUGGCUGCAACAAAGUCUACACCAAGAGCUCGCAUCUGAAAGCCCAUCGCAGAAUACACACAGGUGAAAAGCCAUACCAGUGCACAUGGGAGGGCUGUACCUGGCGCUUUGCCCGCUCGGACGAGCUGACGCGGCACUUUCGCAAGCACACCGGCAUCAAACCCUUUCGCUGCACUGACUGCGACCGCAGCUUCUCCCGCUCUGACCACCUGGCACUUCACCGACGACGCCAUGUCAUGAUGUGAAACUCUUUGUGCCCCCUCCUCCCCAGCCCUCACAACCCUGCCUGUUCCUCAGUAGACAGGCACGCCCAUCCAGGGGUUCCAAAUGCUAUUGAUGUCACCUCCCCAGUCUCCAGAUGUGAACAUAUGUGUUAAAUAUGGAGGUAUAAGGGGUGGCACAACCAUAUUGGUAACCCCUAUUGGUUAGAACAUGGCUGCAGUUUUCUGCCUUGCCUCCAGAAGCCACAAACCACCCGUCCACUGGUGACCUCCACCGCCAUCUCAAUGCCUGAUCAUUAGCUAUUACUUGAAGGGACUACAAGAAAGGCAAACUGCACGCAGCACUCCUAUAACUAUAACAGAGAAUGAUGACUGGGGAAGGUACCCCUUAUUGAGAUGAUUCUUUAAAAACAAGUACAGAAAACAUGAGAAAGUAAAGGAUUUUAUGCAAGAUGGUGAGGAAAAAGUAGAAUUAUGUAAUAAAUUUGACCAUUUUAAUGAGAUGGGUGAGUUGGAGAUGCAUCUACAGCUGCCUUGUUGAAUUCCUACAUUUUAUCCAAACUUUUUGUUGUACUAAAUUUGUAUACUCACGCUCUACAUUCAUUUUAGAGUCUGUACGUUUCUGUGUGGAUGGAAAUGGGCGUAGAGCACAUUGUAAAGAAAGCUGAAGAUGUACCAUGCCCUCUUUUAGUGUUUUUUUUUUUAUUUUUAUUGUUUUUAUUUUUUACAAAUCAGUUGGGUGUUUUUCUGAUAUCUAUCCUAACCCAAAUGAGAAGUAGAGGCAGGGGGCUGACAAGACUGUGAAUUUUUGUGCAUUUUUUCUUGAUUAGUAUCUGUUGUCAAAUCAUCUUCCUAAAAAUAGUUUGGCGCAAAAAACAGUAUUUGCUUUUCUUUGUUUGUUUUUUAAAGACAUUUUCAUUGUAAUUAAUGGCGUCUAACAGAAUUAACACCCAUCAAAAGGUGUUCUUUAUCUUUAUCUAACCUUCAGAUAUUAUUUCAUAAGGCUGUGAAAAAAGUUUGAAAAAAAGAAACAACUCACAGGGAAAGGGGAGAUUUCUAAAUUGGGAUGUGUGUGUUUGUGUGUGUGUGUGUGUGUGUGUGUGUGUAUCUGUGUAUAAGCACACUUGUUUGCAUAUUUGUAAAGAAGACAUAAUCAGAGAUAUAAUAGUAGAGAUGUCUAGAUGCAUUCUUACUUCUAGCCAAUCAGAGCCUUAAUUGAAGUAAAUGUGCAAAUUGGAUUUGCGCAGAUGGUUUUCGGAGUUCCUCAGGGUUCGAUACUAGGACCCCUAUUUUUGUGAGGCACCCUGAAAAUCCCUAUUUUCACCUAGUUCACAGUGACAAAACAUGUCUUAACAGAUCCUGCCCUGAUAUGCAUGAUAUGCAAAAAUACCCCUCAAUACCCUCUCUCCCUUUUCCCCAAAAUGCUGUUAAUGUUACUUGACAUUAUUGUCAAGAAAAUGUUGGGCACAGUCCAUUUAAAUUUUUGACACAUUUCUUCCCUCUAGCUAAGACUCAUGGCCAUGGUCAUAAUUUCAAUUGCUAGCAGCUGAUUAAGUGCACAUUAAGACUUCUUUCAGAAGCAACGCUUGAGUCCAGGCUUUGAAAGUUAAAUGCAUGUCUGCAGCAGCUGCACGACCUUCAGAGAGCAAUGCAUUCUUAGAUUUUGUAUUGUUCUCUCGCUUCAACCCUGAAAACGUUACUAAGCACAUCUUUCUAGAAGAGUAUAUGCAUUUGAUUGCGAUCCUUUCUUUUUUUUUUAACUGUUCAUAGACAUGCAGACAAUGAAUAAUUAAAGAGUUAAUGUACAUACUGUAUAUAAUCUACAAAGUUCUUAAAUAAAUGUAACGGGUGGAUUUCUAUUUUUAACACUGACUAGAUAAUGUGAAAUACUCGUUUGCGUUUUAUUUUUUGUUGUUUCUUUGAAAUGUAAUUUUUUUCUUUAUAUCUUUUUUUUAAAUCCCAUGAAAUGAGUCCCCUUUGUGUUGUACACCCCAAAAGUGUUGCAUGGAGAGUAGUCCUUUUUUUUUGUGAAGUUGGUGAGCAUGUCAAAAUGUUGGUGCCCUUACAGAUGUGGCCUAUAAGCACUGAUAAUCGACAUGAAAUCCACGAAAUGUGUGCAACCACGGCCAUUCAUAGCACAUGCAUGGCCUAUUUCUAAUUACUACAAGACAUGCUGGUAAAACCUUCAUAUCAUCCUAAAUUGACAUUAUUCUAUUCCAAGUAGGCAUUACAUUAGGAGUUGGCCCCUUAUCAAUGUUUAAGUGCCCACGACUGAAAUUUGUGACAUCCUUGUCUAUCAGAGCACGUUUGCAUUCAUCACUUGUAUCUGAUUUGAUUAAAAUAGUGUGCGACCUUGUGCUUGAAUCAUGAAAGGGUUUGGGUUUUGUGUGAGUGUAUGUGUGCAAGUGUGAUUAUCACUUUCAGAAUCAUAGGUAUUUUAUAUUGAAUGCAGUAACUUAUGGGCCAGUACUAUAUUACUCAGUGCAAUGCAGUUAUCAUUAUAACAAAAUAAGUAAUUAAUGUUAUUUCUUUUGUAUUUGUACAGAACAAAUGUGUAAAGAUCAGAGAGGAAAGUGUGAGCUUUUUGAUACUGUGAGAAAUGGUGUUAAAAGACAGUUCCCCCUGUACAGUUGUGAUUACCCACUCCUUUUAUAGAAUAAAAUGUUUUUGGUGCAACAAGA